GAUUGUUUACAAACCGCAGUAAUACCAAAGAAGAGAACAGUGACCGAGAACAUUAUCCACGUCACCUUUUUGUGUUAUUAUUUAGACGGUUAUUAACACCAUUUAACUGCACAGCAUCACAUACUUACCCCAUAAUUCGCGUUGGAGACAGGACUUGGUUGAUAUGUUAUCUAGGUAACGCUAGAUAGCUGCUAACAAUGGCUAACGGUAUGGUUUUUCACACUCAAAUAGCCUCCAUUAUGGAGGUGCUAGCAAAUGCAGCCGUGGCAGAGAUCUGUAAACUCGUAGAUGACGACUAUGCAGUGCUUCGUUUGGAAGUAACUCAAAGCCAGAAAGAAAACAGGACAUUGCGGAGGAAACUACAGCUAUUGGAACUGAAGGUGGCACGGGAGCGCGUCCUUCCAAGUAAUGUCAAGAUCCUCGACCGAUACAGAGGAAUUGCAAGAGGUGAAGGACAUUUUACUGGAGGCCACAGGAUCUUUGGGAAGCCAGCGGGACACAAUACAUGGAGACAUGACCAACCAAUCACUGUUGAUGAGGGGAGUGGAACCUCAACCCAGCACGUUAUCGUGAUAGAGUCUGCAGAUGCAGAGGCUGCAGGUCCUGGGGUUAAGCAGGAGAGGUCUGAAGGAGAGGGAGACCCAGGGCAAAGCAGAGACAUCCAGCUUGGAGCAGCUGGAACGCCCCCUGUAGCCACGGAGAACCCCACCACUGCCCCAGCACCCCCCAGGACCCGAUGCAGCAUCAUGGAGGUCAGUGGCACGCCGAACGCCGCCCUCAAGUCAGAGACAGACACAGAAACAGAGACUUUAACGGGGCUAUUACGACUGGACUGUCCUGCUCCUCGCUCAGAGAAUUUACUUCAUGGGAACCUAAGCCCAAGGACAGUUCUGUCCCAUCGGGACUCAGGUGAUGCGUUACAGACUGGCAAUGAUCCAUCCUGUUCAUAUGCAGCAGAGACAGAGAUGAUACCUGCUGACAUGCCUGUGGGCUUAGAUACACAGACUAAUCUAAUGAGAGGAGACUGGAACCAGUACAGUAGUAGUGUAUACUCUGAAGGGUCUCUAGAUAAGAAAGGAGAGGGCCUGAUCGUAGAUGAGGUGACUGUGAAAGUGGAGGAUGACGCUCCUCUGACAUGGAAUGAAGACCAGACUCAUUUAGGAGGACACUCGCAGGGCAACACUAGUGACUUCUUAGACUACAGGGAAAGCUUAGAGACCAAUCUAAAUGUGUUCAGGGAUCGUGACCCAGUAUCCACGUUGAUGGGACCUUCUGAUUCACACGGCUGCGUCCUUUUUGAUCAGGUGCUGAACUCAAAUGACAGGACUAGGGCCCAGGCUCAGGGAGUGGGAGCAACAUCGGACAAUAGUAAAGAGAAACGGUUUCUCUGCAUGUUCUGUAACAAAGGCUUCAGCUGCUCCCAGAAGGUGGAGAUCCACCAGAGGGUCCACACAGGAGAGAAACCAUACAGCUGUACCCAGUGUGAUAUGCGAUUUGCUGAGGCUGGCAGCCUGAAGAGGCACCAGAGGGUCCACACAGGGGAGAAACCCUUCAGCUGUAUCCAGUGUCAUAUGCGCUUUUCCCACUCGUCCAGUCUGAAGAGGCACCAUAGAGUCCACAAUCCUACAGCUGCCCCCAGUGUGAGAAGAGGUUCUCCCACCAGAACCAGGAGGAGGAGGGUCCAGAGGUGCUGCUGGUGAAGGAGGAUUGGUGUGAGGAGGGUAUGGGGAACCCUGAGGGGACCAUGGUCAUGGAGGACAACCAGACUACACCUCCUGAACCCACAGAGUG